AAAAUACCAGUGAAAAGAAACAAACUCCAGCGAAAAAUCUUCCUGGAGCUUUCCCUGUCAAACUCCAAACACCCAAAUCUUCACAGAGAAUACAUCGUGUUCUUAAAAAGCAAAGUGAAGUGUCUCCCUUUAGUAAACUCUAUGAAAAUCUGAAAAAGAAGCUGGAAGCAGAAAAACCUUUGCACAAGGGAGCUGCAGGAGGAGAGGCUGGGAGGGUUCUGCCAGAACCAAGUGCUCCUGUUUCAUCCCAGAGUCGUGGUUUUGAUCUGAGCAGCCUGGCUGACAGAAGGGAAACAGGCAGAGCGGAAGAAUGUGUGAUUGUGAGAUGUGAUGAUGGAAUCAGCCCAGGGUUUAGCCAACUGGCAGCAGGAGGAGGAACUCCCAGGAGGAGUUUUCCUAGGAGUCCUCGAGCUCCCAUUUCAGAGGAGGUGUCAGGAAAUAGCAGUCAGAGCCCACUGUGGGACCCUGAGGGAUCCAGGACCCCAGGCAGAUCCAAGGGCACUGCAGCUACACCCAAACCCAGCAAGGAGAGCCAUAGGAAUUCCCCCAGAUUGGUGGAGCCAUGCUCCAUAGUAAUGUUGGACUGUCCCUGCAUGGGGGCAAUGUGCACCACACCAACAGGCAGGAGGAAGAGCCUUCGGUGCCCUUAUGUGUCAGCUGCCAGUGAAAGGCCUGGGAUGAAUCCUGGAGAUGGCUCAGUGGCACGGUGGUCACUUCCAGCUGCAGCUCUGAGUAAAUACCCACUGUGCAGUAUUGUUAGUGCAGACUCAGCUGUGCAACGAGAAUUGCGCUUACCGCAAAGACAAAGCAGCAGACAAGAAACACCAGGAAAAACUCACCAGGAAGUGCUGAAAGAAAUCUGGGCUCAGGUAAAGCUGAAUAACGUAGAGGUGGGACCUUGUGAAACCCGUUCCUCUCUGUCUGAUUCCAAGAGUCGAAGGAAGAGCAGGGAAAGUAAAGAAUCCUUGGACAAAAGUGCCCAUUCAGGGGCAUUGGCUGCAGAAGGGAUGUUGGCAUCUCCUGCUGGGCAGACACCUGGAAGGAAGAGGGGAAGGUCAAGGACCUCUGGAGCGCUGACUGAAGCAGCACUGGAGGCAGACACUGCUCAGGAACAUCAGAGUUCAGGAAGAAGAGCCAGUGGAACUCCAGAGCUGGCCAUGGACAGCUGUCACCACAAGCAGGAUUUGGAAGAUGUCAGUGCUGCAACACCUCAAAGACCAUCAGCCAAGAGAAGAGCUGGAAGUUCUACUGAGCUGAGAGACACUGAGCCUGCCUCAGAAACCAAAGCUUCUGGCCUCUUGCAUGGAGAGGACUCAGGCAAGAAAAGAAUCUCUCAGAAGAGGAAAAGUGAUGAAACGCUCCCUCAGGCUGUGGGCAAAAGGAAGAGAGUGUCUUUUGGUGGCCAUCUGAGUCCAGAACUCUUUGAUAAAAGUUUGCCUCCCAACUCUCCCCUGAAGAGAGGAGCUCUCCCUGCCAGGCACAGCUUACCCUAUGGAAACUCUCCUCAGGCUGUGCUCAAAAAGGCUCAGGGCCUGAAGCACUUGAUAAAUCAGGAAGAAAAAAAUUCCCCAGCCCAGCAGCCCCCAGGAGCCCCAUCCCCUGUCUCAGGGAAGGCAACACCCAAAAUCCCUCCAGGCUCCCCAGCCCCUUUCAGGAGAGGCCGUUUCUCCAUCUCCCAGCCCCCCUCAGCACUGCCAAUUGCAGAGGAGGAGGAUGCUGGCACAGAGCACCUGGCUCCAGAGGGGACCAGUGAAGAGAAAACACCCAAAUCUUCUCCUGCUGCCCAAGAUGCCAAAGCCUUGGUGACAGUGGCACCUGCCAAGCCAGCCAGAGGUGCCCAAGCUUUGAAGGGCACUGCCAGGAGGAGCAGAGGUGGGGCUGUGGCUGCCAUCAGUGCCAAGAGGAGAAGUGGUGCCUCCAGUGCCAAUUUACUAGUUGCAAAAUCUUGGGCAGAAGUGGUAAAAUUGGGAGUUCCAAGACCACAGUCAAGGACUUCUAGGAAAAGUGUCUGUAGAAGAAGAGCCCUGAAGAAGAGCAAACACCCACCAAAGACUCCAGAGAAGAAAAUAAAGGAUCACUUCAGCACAGGUCAUGCAGAGUCACCUGCUACCAUAGUUAUAGGCAGAGCUUAUUCCACCACAGUCAGGUCAGCUGGGCACGUCCCCAAAGUGGUGAAAAAUCCCCAGCUGAAGCUGAACAUGGACAUGGAUGAAAGCUUCACAGGAGUGCCUGAAAUGUUCCAAACUCCAGAAAAUCAGGGAGGAAGAACAUUUCCCCUGGCUGCUGCUCAGAAUGCUGAUUUUACACCACCAUGGGCUGCAGGGGACAUUUCUGACUUGCACACUCCUGAAGAAUCUGGAGAGAUGAUGGUGUCACCAUUAAAUAAUUCAGAUGCUUCAGAGCAGAAGCAAGAGAGUGGAGGCAUAUCCUGCUUUCUGGAGGAGGAGGCAUCUCCAUCUCUGUUUGAUGAAACAGCCACAAAAACUCCUGAAAAAAGACAGGCUGUACACGAAGAUCAUGUGGGUGGUUUGGCAAAAACUCCAGAAAAACCAACAUCUCUGGGGAAAUCAGGAAGUAAAAGGAGGACUCCAAAGCAGAAGUUGGAACCAGCUGAGGUCAUGUCAAGCAAAAGGAAGAUUUUAAGGACCCCUGAGCAAAGGUCAGAACCGGGGGAGGUUUUGUCAGGUGUCAAGAGGCUCAUGAAGACCCCAAAGCAGAAAUUGGAGCCUGGAGAGGUUUUAUCAGGCAUCAGAGAGCUCAUGAAGACCCCAAAGCAGAACUUGGAACCUGAAGAGGUUUUAUCAGGCAUCAGAGAGCUGUUGAAGACCCCAAAGCAGAAAUUAGAGCCUGUGGAGGUUUUGUCAGGCAUCAGAGAGCUCAUGAAGACCCCAAAGCAGAAAUUAGAGCCUGUGGAGGUUUUGUCAGGCAUCAGAGAGCUCUUGAAGACCCCAAAGGAGAAGUUAGAGCCUGUGGAGGUUUUGUCAGGCAUCAGAGAGCUCAUGAAGACCCCAAAGCAGAAACCAGAACCAGUGGAGGACCUAUCUGGCAUCAAGCAGCUCAUGAAGACCCCAAAGCAGAGACUGGAGCCUGUGGAGGCUUUGUCAGGCAUCAAGCAGCUCAUGAAGACCCCAAAGCAGAAGCCAGAACCAGUGGAGGAUCUGUCUGGCAUCAAACAGCUCAUGAAGACCCCAAAGCAGAGACUGGAACCUGUGGAGGAUCUGUCAGGCAUCAGAGAGCUCAUGAAGACCCCAAAGCAGAAGCCAGAACCAGUGGAGGAUCUGUCAGGCAUCAGAGAGCUCAUGAAGACCCCACAGCAAGAGCUGGAGCCAGUCACAGAUGAAAUUGCUUUGAGAAGGUUGCUGGAGACUCCAGUAGAGAGCAGGAAAGCAGUAAAAGCUGUGCCAGGUGUGACUUCAACCAAGAAAAGCCCAAAGCUGAAAUCCCAAGCUGUGGAAGACAUGGUUGGGGUCAGCCGCAUUUUCCAGACUCCCAAGGAAAAGGUUGAGCCUGUAGAAAACAUCUUUGGGCUUAGCAGAUUAAUGAAAUCUCCUAAAAAGAAAUAUCAACCAGUUGAGGAUUUUGUGGGACUGCAAAGGCUCAUGGCAGAACCCAGGCAUAAAUCUUCUGAUGCUGAAGUGGACUAUGCUGGAAUGACUGAAAUGUUUGGUACCCCAGAGGAGAUGAAGGUGAGAUCAGUAAAUGUUAUGGAUUCUGCAGAAGAAAUUGCACUUCCUGGUUCUAAUUCCAGUCAGAAACGUGAAAAGAGAGGAAAAGUUUCCCAAGGUGAAGAUUCUCAACAGAAGGCCUCAGCUGGUGAGGAGCAGCCUCCCCAGAGAGCCAGGAGGGGCAGAGGUGCACGAGUUGUACCAAGUGAAAAUGGUGGGAGUUCAAAGGAAUUGCAGGGUCCUGGUAGCCAAGGGGAGAUGGGAGUGAUCACAACUGAAAACGAGGGAAGAGGAAUGAGGACAAGGCGUGGCAUGCAAGAAGUUUUUCCAAAGCACCCUGACAUUGUUUCAUCUGUGGAACCACCUGGAGCUGCUCAGAGACCAGGAAGGGGUAAAAGGAAAGAGCUGAAGGAGGUAAAGCAUGCAAAUGAAAAUCUGGAGUCUUGUGUUGAAGAUUCUUCAGUGCUACAAAAAGCACCUGCAAAUACCAAAGAGAGUUUGCAGGAUUGUGGCAUCAGUGAAACUGAAGAUGAUCCAGGGACAAAGACAGGAGCUGGAAACAUUCAGAAUGAAAUCUGUCAGCUGCAAACAGAUGUAAAUAAUUCUGAUAGCAAAGCUAAUGACAGUGGCACAGAGGACAGUGAGGAAGUGCUCCUGUCACUGAGGAGGAGGCGCAGAGGAGCAGAGAACACAGAACCAGUGAUUCCACCAAAGAGAGGGAGAAGAGCAAGGAAUGACCAAGGGAAAGCAGCUUCUCCAGGAGACCUUCAGGGAACAACCAGAAAGCUUCGGAGAGAGCCCUCCCCAAAGGCUGCACAAAGGCAGGAACAGGCUUGUGACAAAGCUCCUGAGGCUGUCACAGCACAAGAAUCUGAAAAUGGCACUAAAAUUCAACUAAAGGCAGCAGAAAGGAGAGUUAAGUCUCUUAGAAGCACUAGAAACAGAAAGCACUCAUCUGAAAUAAAAGCAGACACUGCUGAGGUCGCACUUGAAAAUACACAAAACAUUCAGAAAACUGAGGAAACAUCAACUGAAACUGAUGCUGAAACGCAAUCCCACGUGACAGAUGGGAUGAAAGGAUCUCAGGGAUGUGAAACAAAAAAUGCUCAGGAAAAUACAACAGAGGCAGCUGGAAGAAUAAAGGCAGAGUCACCUUCUGCAGGGACAAACAGAAUGCCAGUCGGUGCUCAGAACACGGAAGCAAACAGGGCUAGAAACAGGAGAGGCAGGAAAGCUGAUGAAUUCACUGAAAAUGUGAGCAGCCUCAAACAAAUUGCUCCUCAGUCUAAGUCAGAAACAGAAGUGGAUGAACCUUCUCUGGGUGCAGCCCAGGCUGAGGAGGAGCAGCCCAGCUCUGGUGGCACAGCAGGCACUGCCAGUCCUGCUCAGGGCACUCAGAGGAGGGUGAGAAAUGAACGGGGAAUACUUAAAGCAAAGCAAACUGAAAUCCUGCAGGGGAAUCCAGCACAAAGUGAUGCAGUGAUGGGUACAAAAGGAAGAGGUAAAAAAGUUAAUUUUCAGGUUGAAGCAGGCAGUUCUGAAGCAAUUGAAGGAGAAGGUUUAGCUGAGGGUGGUGAAGGGAUGCCUGACAAAGAUAAUCAGCAUAGGAAUUCUGAAAAUCCUCCUGCACAGGGAAGGAGGAGCAGGAGAAAGCCACUUGAUUCCAUCCCCCAAAAAGCUAGUCCUGCCUUGAUGGAAAACCAAACAUUAAGUGCAGAUGACAGGAAAGGUGAGGCUGUUGGACAGGAGCAAGGAUCAGCUGUGGGAGCUGAGGACAGGGCACUGCGGCGGGGCAGGAGACGCGAGCUGGCUGCAGCACCUCAGAGCAGAUCUCCUUCUGUCAGAACCAGACGUGGGCUGAUGGCAGGGGCUGCUAAAAACAUGGCAGAGGGAGAAGAUGAAAAUCCAGCUCUGGGCAAUCAAACUUCACAGGCAAAAGUGAAUGCACCAGCAAGGGACAGAAGGAAAAAGAUGGAUCCAGCAGCAGAGACAAGUUCAACUCCUCCCCAGAGCAAAUGUGACUUGUCAGAGACUAAAGAUGAAGGACAAAGUGUGCCUUUGGAAGCAGUGUCCUGUGCAAAGGAGAAGCCACCAGGAAGGGGCAGAAGGAAAGAAACUGCUCUGGCAUCAGACACAACCAACUCCAUCUCUCUUCGAGGGAAACGCAGGUUACCAGCAGGGGAUGGAGAGGAAGCUCCCAAAGAGGAGCAGAAUGUUCCCUCAGAAACUUGUGAUCUAUCUGGGAAAGAAAAUCAACUGAGAAGAAACAGAAGGAAGGAAAUUGGCCCCGUGGUAGAAGACAAAAGUUCUAUUCAAGGAAACCAGGUCUCAUCAAAACAAAGUGGUAGAAAAAAUAACAACAGGGAAGCUAAACAGAGUUUGGACAAUUCUUCCCAAGAAAAUGUGGAUCUUGUGAAAGGGAGCUCGAGGCAAGCAACCACUUCACGGGCUGUUAGUCCCACCUCACCUCAAGGUUUGCCAGAAGAUGGUAAAGAUGGAGUUCCUGAAGGACAAAGUCAACUUUUGGAUGUAGCUCCACCUGCAAAAGAAAAUCCAUCAAGAGGGGGCAGGAAGAAAACAACUUCUUCCACUUCUGGAGAAACCAUUUCCACUUCUCUCAGGGGAAAAGCCAACAUGCCCAGAGGCAGAGGGCAGAAGAGUGUUCUUAAAGGAAGUGAAGAUGCAUCUCCAGAAGAUAAUCCAUGCCAGGGAAGAACAAGGCAGAAUAAGAAGAGGAAAGUGGAAUUCCCAUUAGACACAGCUACCUCUACUUCUCCCCAUAAAAGCAGUGACUUGCCAGAAAAUGGCAACACUCUGGAAGAUCAGGAUUUGAGUGGAGCAUCCACUGGUUCUGAGGAGAAUCAGUCUGGAAAAGGCCAGGAGGGUGACCCUGCUCCACAGGCAGUGCCCACCUCUCGCAGGAGGAAAUGCCAGCAGCCAGCAGAGGAUGUGGCUCCCAAAAAAUUCCAAUCAGGGAAUGAUGAAAAUGGGUCUCUACAAAGAGGAAGAAGAAACAAAACUAAACUUGGAGAAGAGGCUGCAAGGGCAGCUCAGACCACUGGAGGGAUGGAGAGGAAGACAAGAUCCAGCACAAGAACAAGGAAGUGAUCUUUAAGAGUCCCAGAACCAGUUCUGAAAUCAAUUCAGCAGUUCCAAUCACAGUUUUUUCUUAAUGUGAAUUGAUUUGCACUCAGCUUCUAAGCUCAGAUUUUUGAUAAUUCUAUGGUUGCUUUGCAAAAUAUGUUUCUUAAUGUGUUUACAGAUAGAAGGUAGGAUAUUUCUUCAGUAGCUUUGCCAGUUUGUGGUGGUUCCUAAACCAUGGGGUGCUUGUGCAAAGCUGCAAAUAUUAAAUACAUUUUGUAAUUCCACUGAUUCUCCUUUUUCCUGUUGAUCAGUACAGCAAUCAGGAAAAGCCAUAUUAUUUCCAGCUGAGCUCUUUUCUGUUGAAAUUUUUCUAUGCUUCAGUUUUAUUUUUCAUAGGAGUUCUGUAA